AUGACUUGGAAUAACCUCACCCAGAGAAUAAUCUGCCUUUCUCUCACUGGACCUGGAAUUGUGGGGAACUUCCUUAUGCUUUUGAGAUGUGUACAUACUUUGGCCGUGGGUCCUGUGAAAAAAUCCAUAGACCUUAUCCUCAUUCAUUUGGCUAUUUCAAACAUUGUCAUUAUUUGUACCACAGGGAUCAGAGACCUAAUUACAAUCAUUUAUAUCAGUAACCUCCUAGGAGGCAUUAUUUGUAAAACUGUGGUUUAUCUGAACAGGGUGGCUCGAAGUCUCUCCAUCUGCACCACCUGCCUCCUCAGUGUAGUCCAGGCCAUCACCAUCACUCCCAGGAACACCUUGUGGAGAAAGUUCAAACCACGCACUGCAUGGCAGGUUCUUCCCCACCUCCUCUGCUUCUGGGUCUUUAGCUUCCUCAUCAGCUCUAACUUACUCCACUACAUCACAGCAAUCAACAGCAUGAAUGAGUCUAGUGUUAGAACAUACAUUGGGUAUUGCUACAUGCUGCCAGCUCCACAAAUGUUCAGAUGGCUCUUCCUCUGCCUCAUGGCUCUUCGUGACCUCACCUUUCAGAGUCUCAUGAGCUGGAGCAGCGGGUACAUGGCUCUCUAUCUGUAUAAACAUCACAAGCGCAUUCUCUACCUCCAAAGCUCCAAGUUUGCAAAAUAUCCCAGCCCAGAGAUCAGAGCUAUGCAGAGUACUCUCAUUCUCAUGGCCUGUUUCCUAUUCUCCUACUGGAUAGAUUUCAUUUUGUCUUUCUACAUAGGGACCACCUUGAAAGAGUAUUCCACAAUAUUAAAUAUCAAAAUGUUCCUAGAAUUGGGUUAUGCCAGUCUCAGCCCCUUUGUUCUGAUCAGCAGGGAUCUUUGCUUUAGUGAAUGCUGGAACAGUCACCAGGAAUGCAGGAAAGUCCUUCUGUGCUGA